CGUUGAACGCAAAACCCCCUACGCAUCAAUUCUCAUCUGACUCUUGAGCAGCGUUACGGUUUGACAGUUAAUUUCCUACUUGUAAUCAACCCUUUUGGCAAUUCAUAUAACUUAUCUAGUAGCCGUUACAUAAUUCAAUUUACCUCUGGUGCCGAGGGUGCACGAGUGGCGAAUGGUCGGGGUCGGCUCUUUUGUGGCUGGAGUAUCACCGCAACUACCGGCGGCUCGCCGGAAGCAUGGUCGCGAUAGGCUCACUGUUUCAGCGCAAUCGGAAAAGUCGGAACGAUGGCGGCAUCAUGGGAGCAGGGGCACGUUUGGCAGCAGGCUAGACUCCAACCCCACACAAGCGAGCCCCCCCUCCACCUCCUCCUUCCCCUCCUUCCCCUCCACCCCCUCCCCCUCCUCCGCCCCCUCCUCCACCCCCGCCACCCCCUCCUCCGCCCCACCCCCGUACAAGUCCUCCUCCCGUCCCCGCGGCCGCAACUAUGUCAGUGAAUCCGGCAUGAAACUCCGCGAAUACAGAACCAGCGACGGCCGUGAGCACCUGGGAAGCGCACUGGCGCAGCGCCGCUUCAAACCCUUCCCAGGGCCGCCGGCGGGGCAGGAGGACAACGCGCCGCCGCUGCGGGUGCUGCCCAUCGGCGGGCUGGGCGAGAUUGGCAUGAACUGCAUGCUGGCAGGGGUGCGGGAUCGAUACGUGGUGGUGGAUGCGGGGCUGAUGUUCCCGGACUUCUCCGACCUGGGCAUGCAGAAGAUCCUGCCCGACACCGACUUCCUGGCGCAGUGGAAGGACCGCAUCGAGGCGCUCAUCAUCACACACGGACACGAAGACCACAUUGGGGCGCUGCCGUGGGUUGUCCCCGCGCUUGACCCCUCCACGCCCAUCUACGCCACGGGCUUUGUGAUGGAGCUGAUCAAGAAGCGGCUCAGCGAGUACAACCUGUGGGACGAGCGGCGCUUCGUCAAGAUGGAGAUGCGGCAGAGGUUCCGAGCGGGACCCUUCGAGAUCGAGCCGGUGCGUGUGACCCACUCCAUCCCCGACUGCUGCUCGCUGGUGAUGCGCAGCGAGGAGGGAACACUGGUGCACACAGGCGACUGGAAGAUCGACGAGCACCCUCUGGACGGGCAGCACUUUGACCGGGAGCUGUUCGAGUCGCUGGGGCAGGAGGGGGUUGCGCUGCUGAUGAGCGACUCCACCAACGUGCUGGCGCCGGGGAGGACGGCGAGCGAGCAGGUUGUGCACGACUCAUUGAUCGACAAGGUGCUGCAGCACAGCGGCAAGGGCCGCGUCAUCCUCACCCAGUUCGCCUCCAACCUGCACCGGCUGUACGGAGUCAAGAAGGCGGCGGACGCGGCGGGAAGGAAGAUCUGCUUCGUGGGCGCCUCCCUGAACCACUACCUGGAGGCUGCCUGGCGCGACGGCCGCCACCCCUUCGAGCCGCGCGAGCUGCUGCUGCCCGAGCACCUGCCGCACACCGACCCCAACGAGGUGCUGGUAGUCACCACGGGGAGUCAGGGCGAGCCGCGCGCGCAGCUGGCGAUGGCGGCCAAGGAGGCGUCCAAGGUGCUCAAGAUCAUGCCAAAUGAUCUGCUGCUGUACAGCGCCAAGGUCAUCCCAGGCAAUGAGGGCAAGGUGACGGAGAUGCUCAACGCCCUCGCGGCGCAGGGGGCGCGCAUCAGACAGAGCCGCGCGGAUAACUUGCACACCUCGGGCCACGCCUACCAGGAGGAGUUGCUGGAGCUGCUGCGCUCCGUGCGCCCGCAGCACUUCCUUCCGGUGCACGGAGAGUACGCCUUCCUCACAGAGCAUGCGGCGCUAGCAAAGGAGCGCGCGGGAGUCAACUUUGUGGAGGUCAUUCGCAACGGUCAGAUGCUAGCUGUACGACAGCGCCGCAACCGCAACACCCUCUCCACCGGCAGCAUGGCGGAGGCACUGCUCAGGCGGGACGACGCAGCAGCGGCAGCUGAGGCAGGGGCAGAGGCAGGGGCAACGUCAUCGUCAGCAGCAGCGGGAACCUUUGCAGGAGCUGCAGAGUCGGCGGCGGCGCGGGUUCGUUUCUCGGGAGUGAUCGGAGGGACGUUGGAGGACGAGAGUGAUGGCUGCAUGGUCAAGUUCGAGGGCAACGAGCCGGACUACUACUUCAAUGACGGCGGCAAGGGUACCGGCACGCGGGCGGAGAUGGAGAUCGACAUGCGCACCCAGAUGGCAGUGGAGGGGCUGGUGGUGGUGGCGGUGGCAGCCAAGCGAGGCGGCGUGGGGCCGUACGGCAUGGGCUGCGACGUGAAUGUGACCACCCGGGGGCUGUGGACGGACAACGGCAAGCUGCUGGGGGAGCUGUCACAGGCGAUUACAAACGCCGUCGCUCGUCUAGACGGCUCGGCGGCCCUAGUGGAAGUCGAGCGGACGGCCAUCGACGCCGUGAAGCGCCGCUGCUUCGGCUUCAACGCCAGGCGACCCGAGGUGAUCGCCACUGUGUACGAAUUCGACCCACGGGACGCUCAUCUGGCGGCUGUGGCGGAAGCCAGGGCGGCGGACGCGAGGGCCGCCAAUGAGGCGCGACGGGCAUCAGCAGCAGCAGCGGAAAGCAGCAACAGCAGCAGCAGCAGCCCCAGCCCCGCUGGCCCCCACGUGCUGACGCCGCAACAUCGCACCUGGGCUCAUCGACCCGUGGGUGACGCCGGCGCCGCCGCAGCAGCAGGGGGCGGCGGCGGAGUGGCGACGUUGGUACCCGGUGCUGCUCGCCGCGCCCGACCGGCUCCCACCACACCCGCUUGGGCGCCGCAACCCUCAGCAGCACCAGCACCACCAGCACCGUCUGCCCCUGUUACUGUUGCUGCUCCUGCUCCUGCUGCCGCUGUUCCUCUCGAGCUCCGAAGCGACAGUAGCGACGGCGACAGCGCUUCAGACGGGGCCGCUGAGUCCAAGCCGAGCCGUGUGCUGAGGGUGCGGAGAGCUGCUGCUCCUGCUGCUAGUGUGGCGGCGGCGGCAACGGCGGACGCAUCAGCAGCUGCGGCGGAUGUGGCGCCUGUCGUACUGAGGACUCGUCGGAAACGUACCACUGCCGCGGCUGUUGAGGAGUAGAGGCUUAGUACACCUAGACGGGUAGUCGAGGCGGGGGUGGUGGAGGCGGCUGUCACAGUCGCAGCGGUUGGAGGACCCAUGGGUCAGUUUGGAGCGAGUAUAUGCUGGAGGCCUGUGUAAUCCCACGGAGCCGGCCAAUGCAGGCUGUGUGGUUACGUGGUUCUGUUGGGAUGGUGCGUUGGUGUUGAGGUGACGUGGCGCGAGGAGUCCGGUAGUGAUGCGGGGCUGUACAGGAGCGCUGUGCAGGGCUGCGACUUGCGGGAUUGCUGCCGUGGUUGUUCCGGGCUGUUCCGAGUUCUUUUAAGGGUUUCACUGGUGUGGUUGUCCUCAGUUUGUGGUUUGUGUUCCGGUAGAUUGAGAAAUGCCGUCAUGAGGUUUUGAUUGUCGUGCUUGUGUUGCUUACCCGUCUUACGGACCCGGCAUAUGAGUGAGCUGUUGUGUUGCGGUCAGCCCGCGUGUAUUUGGUUGCAAUAGCUAGAUGCUGCAUGCAAAGCUAACCAGGAAGGCAGAUGCUGCCUGCUCCCCGCCUGGACCUGUUCUGUUGUACUGUUGCUGUUCGGAGUUGCUCCGCGCCUAGCAAAGUUGCAGAGAUGCUAGUAGUUGGUAGUAAUAGUUGGUACGGUGGGCAGUGCUGUGGUGUGACCCGCAGCCGGACCUGCGGACGCCCCGUUGUCGAUACGGGUGACACCCACGCAAGGGGUUCAGCUGUGGACAUAAACAGCUGUUGUUCAUGUGCAAAACGAUUCGGCGGCUUUAAGGAGUUUAUGUUUAAGCAGGCCGUGGAACGGCCAAUUGGAACGGAUGGAUGUAAAGCCGUAGUUACAAGAGAAACGGGUAUCGCCUUUCGUCGUCGCGGCCUGGUUACGUGCCUUGUCAGGAUUGCGUGGGAGCUGGCAUGGAAAAGUUAGCGUCUGCUAGUUGUCCGCCUUCUCCGCUGCAGAAGGCAGACAUCUAUAGCUGUUGGCACAGCCCUGGAGCCUGAGAUUGUGGGAUUGCAGGUUUAAGGAAAUCACACGUAUCGCAUUCGUUGUUUCAGUUUGUCCGCACGGUUGUCAUACUCCCCGCAAACGUCGCAUGCAUAUUAAUGCGCAAGGCGGCAAGGGGCC